CUAAGAAACCAGUAUAAAGUGACUUUUGCAUUAACAAUUAAUUACACGAGAUGCAUGUUAAUUUAGUUUUUGUUUGUGUCUUUAGUGCACACUUUUUUCUUUAUGUACCAUCAACUCAAGCUACCAUACCAGAGAUGUCUCUUAGUGAAAAUGUUAAAAUUCCAGUUAUAGGUUUUGGAACCUGGAAUGCUAAAGGUGAUGAAAUAGAAAAUGCUGUGGAGGCUGCUUUGAAGGUAGGCUACCGCCACAUUGAUACGGCUCCAGUUUAUCAAAAUGAAAAAAACAUAGGAAAAGUGUUAAACCGUUGGCUAUCAUCUGGGAAACUAAAUCGAAGUGAUUUAUUUGUCGUAACAAAACUGCCACCUCCUGGCAUGCGACCAGAACACGUCGAGGUUUUCCUCAACAAGUCACUAGCGGAUCUUCAACUCGACUAUGUAGAUCUCUACCUGGUACACACACCAUUUGGGUUGAAGUACAUUGACGGUAACUUACAUCCACUCACCAAAGAUGGCUCCUUAGAUCUGGAUUUGAAAACUGACCAUGUAGCCAUUUGGAAGGCAAUGGAAGAAGCCCAGCGAAAAGGUUUGGCUAGAUCUAUAGGAUUGUCCAACUUUAACAUAACACAACUUAAAAGGGUUGUUGAGAAUGCUAAAAUUAAACCCAGUAACUUACAAAUUGAGUGUCACGCUUACUUCCAACAAAACGAAUUGGUAGAUUUCUGCAAGAAACACGAUAUUGUUGUGACUGCUUACUCACCCUUGGGAUCACCCGGUUUAGCCAAAGAUCCCGAGUUCGCCAAUAAAACUAUUCCCAAACUUUUGGAAGACGAAACCGUCGUAAAAAUUGCUAAGAAACACGAUAAGUCACCUGCCCAAGUACUACUGAGGUUCUUAAUACAAAGAGACCUUGUGGUUAUUCCUAAAAGUGUAAAUCCCAAGAGAAUUGCUGAGAAUUUUGAUAUAUUUGACUUUAAACUUGACGACCAAGAUAUGAAAGAUUUGAAAGCCUUAAAUAAAGAUGAAAGAGUACUUGACUUUUCAACAUUUAAAGGGUUUACUAAACAUCCAGAAUAUCCAUUCAUUAAAACGUCUUAAAAAUUGUUACAUUUAUAUUUUGUAAUUCAUUAGAUAUAUUCAUAUAAGUGUAUGUAUUUAUAUGUAUUAUAAAUAAAAUUAACCUGAGAAUUUAAUAAAAAAGAGAAAUAAAUCAA